AUGGACGCAAACGCAAGAGACUUGUCGUACGAGGAGGCGCCGAAUAGAUCCAUUCUAGCUAGAGAAUGGAUUUUCCAAAAAAUUCUCCACUGCGUCGAGGGUGGCAAAGCCAAAGCUGCAGGUGUCUUGAUCAUUGGGAGUCCCGGCAGCGGCAAGACUACAACCCUCAAAGAGAUCGCCCACCCCGCUGAUUCAGAAUCCAGACAGGCGGAGCUCCACCGGCGGCUCGUCUCAAGAUAUCACUGUGAUGCUCAAGAAUUGAAGAGUCUGAGUGUUGUCAACUUUAUUCUUGAACUCGUCCGACAAUUGUCUGACUGUCCUCUGCUACCUGGAUAUCGAGCCAGGAUCGAAACCCCCGAAAUUUCGGCUCUACUCCAACCUUCAGAAAUCGAACGCUUCCCAGAUGAUGCCUUCAAGAAAGCUAUCCUGUUCCCUUUGGUGGAAAUCGAACCUCCGGACCAGAACUGUAUUCUCCUGGUGGACGGUAUGGACGAAAGGGGACCCGAUGUUGAACGAGUCGCGCAUUCCACGCACACUGCCCGAUCGACCUCAACAGUUGAAAACCCUCUCUGGAGUGAAACCGUUCCACAACUUUUAUCCGCACAUUAUCAUCUGUUCCCUCCCUGGCUGAUUCUAGUCUGCACCGCACGCCGCCAGAGUCGAACUCUCAGCAAAUUGUUCACCGGCUUCAGAAGAAUUGCUCUUGAUGAUUUGCGGAAAUCAAAUGUGGUCCGGGACAUGCAACAAUACAUCCUCAACAGACUCGACGCCGACGCAGGUCUGAGGAAACACUUGAGUCGCGAGAAUGCUGAGAUGUUGAAUUUACUUCAUAUCAAGAGCAACGGUUGCCUUCUCUACCUGGAGCAUGUGCUCGACGGAGUGGUGGACAAUAGUAUAGUCUUGCGCGAAAUCAGGGAUAUACCUGGGACUCUGAACGGGCUGUACUUGUGGUACUGUCAGCGGCUGUUCGGCUCGAAGCUCGAAUUCGAUAGCGAGGUUCGGCCCCUCUUGAGUCUCCUGUUGACAGCAACGAGACCUGUUCCUUUCGAGGAAGUGUACCAAUGCAUGUGGGCUUGGGAUUCGGAGAUCUCUCGGGACGGUUUGCUCAAAAAUAUAAAAAGACUGUCGAAAAUCAUCGUCUGCAUCCAAAGACGUCUGAAGAUAUUCCACCAAAGUUUUUCGGAUUGGCUGUGUGAUGUCAAACACUGUACACAACGUUUUCUGUGCAAGCCCCAAGUCGGUCACGCCAUCUGGUCUCUGCGGUACUCAAGGAAAAGCUCAGACCUAAGCGCAGAAGAAGCCGACGAUCUGUGGCACCAUCUCAGUCGGACCGGGAUCGCGCAACACUAUCGCGUCAUGUGGUUCAGUCAAUGCACAGGGGAACCACUAAAGGAGAGCAUCAUGUACGCCUCGGUCACCUCGAUAAAUGACAAUUUGAACAACAGCAUGGUGCUAGAGGACCGAGUCUUCCGAGCUUUGCUGGAAGCCAGCUCGGCGCCCAACAUGAAGCGGUUCCGAACGUGCGUGAGUGUGGACGACCUUGACGAUGAUCUCACAUCCGUAAGCGAGUUGGCAACCUCGAUGCUCGAAGAGAAUCAGCUGACCAUCGACCCCGAAGUCGUCGACGAGGUUGACCCGACUAGCGAGAGAACUCUGCUCCACACGGCGGCUAACGACGGGGAUUUGAAUCUCGUCGUGCGAUUGCUGGAGAUCGGAGCCGAGAUAGAACGCUCCGACCGAAAUGGACAGACCGCUCUGAAUCUCGCGGCGCGUCAAGGAUUCACCCAAAUCGUUGAAGUUCUCCUCAAAUCCGGUGCGGCCGUCGACCACGCGGAUCUCGACGGUUGGACCCCGCUGCGAUCGUCCGCUUGGGCAGGACACGCGGCAGUGGUUGACACUCUAUUGGAAUAUAAAGCUCAGGUUGAUCUCGCCGAUGCCGACGGACGAACGGCCUUGAGGGCGGCGUCCUGGGGAGGACACGAUGAAAUCGUGCUCAAGUUACUCAAGGCCGGAGCCGACGUGAAUGCCAAAGAUGCCGAGGGCCGAACCGCCCUCAUCGCUGCCGCCUACAUGGGUCAUUCAGCUAUUGUGGGUCACCUUCUGGACAACGGAGCUGAUAUCAAUCACGCCGAUAAGGACGGCCGGACAGCUCUGAGUGUGGCUGCUCUCUGCGUCCCCGCGUCCCAAGGCCACCAUUCGGCGGUCGUAUCGCUACUCCUGGAGCGAGGCGCCGAAGUGGACCACCGAGAUUCUGAGGGCAUGACCGCACUUCUAGUAGCGGCUUUCGAAGGACAUUCCGAAGUAUGUGAGCUCUUGCUCGAAGGAGGCGCGGAUGUUGAUCAUGUUGACUCGACGGGACGAACACCCUUAUUCGCGGCUGCUUCAAUGGGACACGCUCAUGUUGUAAAUCGUCUCCUGUUCUGGGGAGCGUACGUGGAUUCGAUCGAUUCCGAGGGUCGGACAGUUCUCUCUGUGGCAGCCGCCCAAGGAAACCCGAAAACUGUUGAAUGCCUACUGGAUAGGGGGCUCGAUGAGUUGCACAGAGAUAAUGCGGGUUGGACAGCUCUCCAUUACGGAGCUUUUGAGGGACACGUUCUCGUUUGCCAAUUAAUUAUGCGAGCUGGCGCAAAACCCAGCGAAGUCGACACCGAUGGACGUACUCCGUUGAUCUUGUCGGCUCAGGAAGGUCAUACGGAAUGUGUGCAUCUGUUUGUGGAAUGUUGUCCAAAGAUUUUGGAACACAGGAGUCACGACGGGCGCACUGCGCUCAGAAUGGCCGCUAUGGAAGGCCACAGGGAGACCGUGAAUCUACUGCUAAGUCAUGGCGCCAACGUGAAUUACAAGGAUGCUGAUGGUCGGACGACAUUGUAUUUGUUGGCCUUGGAAGACAAUGUCGCAAUGAUCGAUCACCUCAUUGAUCACAACGCCGACAUCGAAGCUGUCGAUUUGGAGGGACGAACCGCGUUGCAUGUUGCCGCCUGGCAAGGACACAAGCAAGUUGUGGAUUUGCUCCUUCGUCGAGGAGCUGAAGUUGACGCAGUGGAUCGGGAAAAACGGACAGCCCUGCAAUCGGCCGCCUGGCAGGGUCAUGCCGAGGUAGUGGCCCUACUAUUGGAGAAAGGUUCCCAAGUUAAUCAUGUCUGCAAUCAGGGAGCUUCCGCCCUGGGCAUUGCGGCUCAGGAAGGCCAUGUUCAAGUUGUCCAGGUUCUGCUCUCCCACGGGGCGGAUGUUCUUCAUACCGAUUUGUGCGGACGAACACCCGCUAGAGUAGCGUUGAAAGCCGGUCAUGCUGACGUGGCUGCGAUAAUCGAGAGCCACGGAGGGAACACUCAGAGUGGUCAAAGCUCUUCCUCGAAUAUCAGCGGAGAUGGCAUGCCCCGAGCGGUGCCCAGGACUCUCCUCCAGCCAGCCAACAGGGACAGUUUCACGGAAUCGGUGACCACCGGCAGCGAAUCUGGGACGGCAGAACGGAACGUGAGCUUCACUGCCAUGAUACAACGCCGCGCAUCGCAAAGCGGAAGCGCGUGUCCAAAUCGGGAACAAGGAUCGAGCUUCCAGAAGCUCCGGAGAACCAAAAUCGUCACCAAUCCAAACUUUAUCGGAAGUGGCAAUGUGAAGAAACGCGAUCAACUCAUUUAGUGUCAGGGAGUCCCCGUUCUCCCGAAUCUAGCUCCCAGCUGAAGCUAUUGACGAGGCCGGACUGUUGUGCCGCUGGGGGAAUCGGGGUCUCGGAUUCCUUUCGGCGGGAACAUUUUCGAGGAAUUACUAGUGGGCAGAGAGUGCGGCGGGUGAUUUUGUGCUUUGCAUUCCUCAGCUAUCGAUAAGAAGGGAGAUUUUAGCUCGAUUUGCCAUUGAAUCCUGCAUAUCAGCUGCGAGCAGCAUAUCAUCGAGGGCUGGCACCGAUUAGCUGAUCAGGAAUAUACCUACCUUCCAUUCUGGGUCCAUUUUGUGGGAACCAUUGAAGGUAUCAGCUCCUGAUCGGGAACGCCUCCAGUAUCGCGGAAUGGUUUUUGAGGGAGCAAGGAGCAAUCUUCCCCAUUCCAAGGAUGCUAAUCUUGAUGAUUUUCAUUUGGGUUGUAAUUUAUAGAUUUGUACGACUUGACACUGCUUGUAUCUACGUUCCCAAAGCGUAAGCUCCUAUGAGAGGAUUGUUUGCUGUAUUUUGUAUAGGCCCGACGCAGAACGAG